GCUGGCCCGUGCAGAUCCGCAAACUCAAGUCUCUACGUUUGCAUGCAGAUUAUCUGAGCAGGAUUUUUGUGGCGUCUCUGCAGUGCAGUGCCUCGGCUCGAUCUGUACGUGGAGUUUACAGUUGGCUCGUUGCUCUGCUUGCUCGGAUUUAUUGCUGUUCUGGGUUGCCAAUGCCAUCGUGAUUUGGAAGGAGAGACAAAGGUGGCUGCAUGGCGUCUGCUUUGGAUAAGCUCACUGCUGCCAAGAACAGUUUGGCCGGUGACCAAGUGAAUCUUACUGUUUGCAAGGCGACCAACCAUGACGUUCUUGGUCCCAAGCGGAAGCACGUUGAUGUGCUCCUGACAUGGUCGAACAACCCCAAUUUGUCCAUCCCCGACCUUGCUGAUCGGUUGUUUGGCCGAGUUGCUGAUGCUAACUGGAUGGUUGUCUUCAAAGCCAUGAUAGUAUGUCACGAGCUGAUGGCGAAAGGGGGAGAGCGCUUCAUUCAGAAUCUUGCGUCUCGAUCAUCCAACUUUAAUGUGACGUCCUUCUUGGACAAAGGCAACAUUGUUGGCUAUGACAUGUCCCCGUUCAUCCGUCGGUAUGGCCACUACCUGAACGAAAAGGCCCUGGCAUACCGACAAAUGGGCUAUGACUUCUGUCGGAUGAAGAAGACUGAGAGUGGCACGGAACUGAGAACCAUGGACUUAGCAAAGUUGAUGAAGACCCUUCCCGUUCUACAGAAGGUCUUGGAUGCCUUGGUUGAUUUCCAGGCUCACCAAGGAGAGUUGUCGAAUGGUGUCAUUAACUCGGCAUUCCUUCUUUUAUUCAAGGAUCUUGUGAAAUUGUUUGCAUGCUAUAAUGACGGAGUAAUAAAUCUUCUUGAGAAAUUCUUUGACAUGAAGAAACCCCAAGCGAAGGAAUGCUUGGACCUGUACAAGAAAUUCCUUGUUCGCAUGGACACCGUCUCAGAAUUCCUGAAAGUGGCUGAGAACCUUGGAGUGCAUAAGGACGAGCUGCCCGACUUGUCAAAGGCACCAGGCAGUUUACUGACAGCCCUCGAAAACCACGUUCAGACAGUGGACAAGAAGACCCACCAGUCUCCGGCAAGACCUGCAGCAGCUGGGUCAAGUAAUGUCAAGGUUGGAUCUCUUGUCUUGCCAGCCAGUACUGCAGCUGCUCUUGGUGUUAGUCAGGAUGCUCCCCAAUCAGCAGUUACAGCAUCACCCACCUUGCCUCCGCCAGGCCAAGCGAAUAACCAGCAACAGCUUGCGGAGAAGAAGAGGCAGCUGGAAGCAGAACGUGAACGCCUUCUGGCACUCAAGCAGCAACAGUCAGGUGCACCAGCAUCGACAUUGCCUCCUAGUCAGCCGCACCUGGCACAAGUAGCCGCCGCAGCACCCGCUCCAGUUUCUACAAAUCCACUAGAGGAUCUAGCUGGUCUUUCUCUGGGCGGUGCUGCCCCAGCUGCAAUGCCAUUCCAGGCACAACACGCUGCCAGCCAAGAUCUCUAUGCCCAGCCGAUGAAGGGCCCCAACAUGGGCAUGGCACAACACGCUCCUAGCCAAGAUCUCUAUGCCCAGCCGAUGAAGGGCCCCAACAUGGGCAUGGCACAGCAGCCACAACAGCAACAAGCAUUUGGUGCACCAACAGCAGCAUCAACUAAUCCGUUCGGUGGUGCCGGGGAUGAUUUAUUUGCAAAUCCUCAAGCUCCUCCAGUAGCUGCUGCGCCGGCAGGUUCAACCUCCGCACCACUUGGUAUGGGCGAAAUUCUACAGCCGCAGGUUAUGGGAGAGUUUGGAACGAAAGAAGAGCCCAAGAAACAACAAGGCCUUGGAACGGAUCUCGAUAGCAGUCUUAAUAUCGCUGCGCAAGGUUUAACACUGAAUGGCCAGUUAAGAAAGCAAAAUCAAUUCCAGCCGCAGCCGACAACAGCCCGGACGGGAGGUGCAAACUGGACACCAUUGCAGCAGAGUUCAACUGUAGCACCUGCACCAGCAAUGACGACUGGAAUGGCUGGGAACUGGGGUUCCGGCGGAAUGGGGGGCAUGCAAGCCGCUGCUGGCAGUGGUGGUGCAAUGUAUGGUGCCCCAGCAGCAGCACCGAUGGGCAUGGUACCAAUGCAACAGCCGGCAAUGGGUGCAGGAAUGGGUAUGGGCGCUGGCAUGGGUAUGGCUCAGCAGCGUCCCAUGUUCGGUGCUGCUGGCAUGGGAAUGCAGCAACCAGCAAUGGGCGGUGUAGGUAUGGGAAUGGGUAUGCAACAGCCGCAGCAAAUCGGUAAUCCUCAAGAUCCUUUCGGCCCUGUGCCAGGUGCUCAGAGCCACUUCUAGUAUGUAUGAUGUCUUCUAGUUCCUGGGAUGGCAGCUUCAGCGCUGGCCUCCCCAAUGAGAUAUUUGCAGUCUAUCAUUGUCGUCGCUAUUGUCGUUGUCGUCCAGAGCUGUAUGUGGGUGGUUAGAUGCACUCAGUCAGCCUCAUCCUGCACCACUUCAUGAAAAUAUCAAUACAUUCAAUUUCACAGCCAGCCCACAAUGCACAGACGCUUUUCGGGUUUCCCCUUUUCUUUUUUUGUAUAUUGCCAUUGUUCUGUUGUUUGUGGAAUUUGAAAUGCUCUUUUAUUGCUCUCUUAUCUUGCGUAACUUCGCUACGUGCCUGGCUCUUAAUCAGCUGGUGUGCUGUGGCUUGCGAGUGUGUGUGCGUGUGUGUGUGUCUGCGCUUUUUUUUUGUUAUGUUGCCUGCCAGCAUCACAGCUGGCUAUCAUACUUGGUAUUAAAUAUUAUUCUUCUAGUUGAUUGUGCUGGUGAUUUUGCAGAGUGAAUGGCAUUGGGUAUUUAUCCAAUGACGGUAGGCCCAUUCUAGCUAUUUCCUUUUUUGUUUUUUUGUUUUUUUCAUUUGCGUCGUUUGCUCUUCCCCUAUUUUCACCAGCAUUUGUUCUCCUGCACUGUACCACACAGCUGCAGUACCCUUAUGUGUUUUGAUUUAUUUUUUUGGCUUUUGAGCUGUGGAGCAAUUGUCACUUAGUGUAUUAACCAUGUGUCUAUGUCUAUAUCUGAUCCCCCCCCCCCCCCUACCGUUCCCUCCCGCUGUCCUCUUUCUUGCUUCAUCUUUCUCCUCCCUUGCGUCCCAUGAAACUCGUGCUCCUGUUUUCUAUCCUCAUCAACUUGUUUAUGAACCAGCAGCCAACUUAGGCUGUCGUCAUGUUA